AUGCAACGACCGUGCGCCGACUUCCCCACCUUGUCACCACCUCUCGCUGCCCCUAUCCUGACGACCAACAACCUCUGUCCUUCUCCCUGCCGAGGCGAACACGCUCGAGUGGGCGAUACGAUGAUCGCGGAUCUGCCCGCUGGCGAGAAGCAGGCGUUCUUUAGCUUGCUGGACGAGUACUUUGCGUCGCGGCCGCACCGGUUGCCUGCGUCGACUGCAGCAUCGCAGGGCGGAUUGACGGACCGCGCCACGGCGGCAGCAGGCAAUGCAGCCGGCGCAGCUGCCAGCGCUGCGGUAUCGAAUGCGCUGCGUGACCAAUUCGCCCGGACGGGGUUGACUAAAGGCCCACCACCUCCCGCUCCAUCAGCCAACAAGAAACCCGGAUUCAACGUCCCCGCCGGCCUUGUGAGCGGAAAGACAUUGGGAUCGCUUAAUUUAGGCUCGAGGACAACGUCCAGUACACAAGUCCCCGCAGCAACACCACAACCAGCAGCAAGGACGCUUCCACCACCAACACGAACAGGAUCCAGCGUUCCCGCACCACCAUCCGCUGCACCUGUUGCACCAGUUAUGCCUCCAGGUACAAUUGGUUCAGCCACAGUGCUUUACGACUAUGGCGAUGGAACGGAUGCCGACGACUUGCAGGCGACAGAGGGCGAGACGGUCUGGUUGACCGAAAAGAUCUCGGACGACUGGUGGCGUGCCAUGUCGCAAGAUGGCGCUAGACAGGGCAUUAUUCCCACUGCUUAUCAGCUGCGAAACGGUAUUGUCCAAGUCGUCUCACAUAUCGUCUCGCAGCACCGUCGGAGUCAGCGCAUCCUUGCGAUGCUCGGUCGACCUGCUUUGCCCUGCUUCCGCUCGCCAUCGCUCUCACCUGCUGCAGCAAUGUCGGACAAUAGCCUCGGCCAAAAGUGCUGCCCGAGAGCACAGCGUGGGCAUGCAUCUGCAGCUGACCGUGCUACGCCGCGCUUGAUAGCAUUGUCGAUCAUCUCGAAACUUCUUUCGCAACAUCGUCGAAGCCAGAGUCUGCUUGCGAGGCUCGUUCGAUCGUCUCGGUUGCUCUGCUUUGGCUCGCCUUGGCAAUGUCGCACGUCAGCCCUGACCAAGGCAUUGGGGGUCGGCAUCGCCGAUAUCCUCGAUCGCCUCUCGGCAUCGGGAUCCAGCCUCCGCCUCUCGAGAUCGUGGGAUCGGCUGGCUUGCGAAGCCACUUGCAAAGAUGAGAUGGGAGGGGCGCCAAACACGGGCAACGAGAGCGAGAUUCCAGACCAUUCGGUGGCUUUUGGUCCGAAACCGGACUGCGAUUCGGCACGCACAGCCAGACAGGUAAACAGCCAUGACGCGUUUGUUUGGCCGUCUUCGGGAGCGUGUCAGCUCACAGGGGUGGGCAAAGCUGCAAGCGGCCCGUGCUGCCGUGUUGCACCCAGCCCGAAACCAGGCGUAUCGGCGUGGCGCUUUGCGAUGCUUGGCAUCAGUGUUGGCACCAAACACUGCUUCAUGGCAGCUGGGCGGCUGCGACCCGACAUCUUGCGAAUCGGCGGCAGCCCAAAAGAUGCGGGCCGUGUUAUGUGGUUUCACCAUCUUCCGAUUGGGCGCUUAGCUUGUGCUGCUCCGACGGAGCGUGUGGCAGAGCGUGUGGCAGUUCAGAUCCAGCCGCUUUGGCAGCCGCCACAAGAUACAGCACGCGUCUAUCGUGGGCGCUUAGCUCGCCACUCGGAGCUCACCAACGUGGAUCUAGACUCGGGCGCUCUCGUGUGUGUCGGCUCGGAUUCGACUCCGCUCGUGCGAUGCAGUUGCCGAAGAGAGCUCGGUACGAUGCUCGGAAAGUUGCGCAAGCAUGUGGAGCAGCUCGACGCAGGCAGCGAGCUCAGCCCUCGCGGCUCUUGGCGUCUCGCGACGCCUGUUGUGGCACUCCUCAUGACGACGACUGCAAAUGGCUCCACUUUAUGCGAAUCCGACCCAGCAAGACUUUGCGCUGCUGAAGCGAAGGUGCCAACGAUGCUGAGGGGAACGCGUCAGUGGCGGGUUGGCGAUGAUCGCGAUGAGCCCGCUGGCGUUUCGGCAUUUGGUCGAGGUCGCACCACGAUCCCCCAUCCAGCUCCGACGCCCAAAUCUAGGAAUAUGGCUAAUCGUAACCACGUCAGCAGCCAUCUAUGGCGGUCAGCGCCAAGGAGGCAUCUUCCCGGCGACAGCCCCUACCCUCGCUUCGGUUGGAAGGGGGGCAGUGCUCGGGCAAUCCCUCCGCGAUCACCCUGGUCGGCUAGCUUCUUUGGAUGCGAGCCCAACGUGCGAGCCGAAGACAAGGGUCGUCAUGCUCGCUUCCGCCUGUCCUCCAUUCGAUCGCCAAGCGAGUGGCACAAGUCUGCACUGCCCGAAAAUGACGUUGCCGAAUUUUUCUUCUUCUUUUGGCACCAGCCUCCAGCUUCGUCGUCGUGA